AUGCCACGUGAACUAGGAACUAACAAUAGCAGGCGCAAACUGAUUAUCAUCAUCGCCGCGUUCAUGCUCAACUUCUCUGGCUGUGGGCUUCUCUUCUCUUUUGGCAUCUUCCAAUCACUAUAUGAAAAUAUGUCACUGGAGGAGAAUAACCCAUUCAGCGGAGCUUCAUCAGCCCAAAUUACUUUGAUCGGUAGCAUCGCUGCAGCCUUGAUGAAGCUGGGUGCUCCCUACGUCGUUGCAUGGUCGAAAUACUAUAACCCACAGCCGGUAGUUUGCGUAAGCGGUCUACUCUAUGGGAUUGCCAGUGUCCUUGCCAGCUUCGGAACACAGCUGUGGCACUUCCAGCUCACACAGGGUCUUUUGAUCGGCAUCGCGACAUGCCUCUCCUUCAUGCCCUCCAUGGCCGUCCCGCCGAGCUGGUUUGGAAAGUAUCGUGGUCUGAACAUGGGCGUCAUCUCUUCCGGGACCGGAAUUGGUGGCCUGGUGUGGUCUCCUGUAGUGAGCGCUUGCCUGCAGACCAUGGGAUUUCGAAACACCUUGCGACUUACUGGCUGUAUCUGCACUGUUCUCAUCUGUGCCUCUGGGGCCGUUCUCAGCUGGGAACCGACCAUGAUGGCGCAGCUCCACGAAGAGAACCAAAAGCUGUCUUGGAUCUCUGGCCUAUUUGUUGUUCCUCUCCCCCCUCGGAACAUCGUCAUGACCCGCAAAUUCCUAGCCCAGUGUCUCAACGCGACCUUUCAAAGUGCCGCCUAUUAUACUCCGAUCUUCUACAUCUCUGCAUACUGCAAGACCCUCGGCUACAACGACACAGACGGCUCCAACUUCACCGCACUGAGCAACGCCUGCAACGCAAUCGGCAAGAUUGUAGUUGGGUUCGUGGCCGACAAAAUCGGGCGCCUGGACUCGUUCUUCCUCACCACGGUCUUGAGCUCUGUGUCGACGGCUGGGCUCUGGGUUCCGAGCACCGUGCUGGGAUCUACCGAUAUUGCUUCCGGAAAGGGAGCCUUCGUCGGAUUUACCGUGCUUUAUGGUCUGUUCGCCAGUGCGUAUAUUGGCCUGUUCUCGCCGGCAUUGGUGGAGCUCUUUGGGAUGGCUAAUAUGCCACACAUCACGGGCAUCAUGUACAUGCUGCAGGGCGCUGCUGGCUUGGUAGGGACGCCUGUUGCUGGUGUUUUGGUACAGUCGACAGGUGGGGAGAUGUUGCCGGAUAGCUACUUGUAUAUGGCGGUGUUUACAGGAGCGUUGAUGGUGGCUUCCGCUGUGACUGUAUUCUGGGUGCGGAUGGAAAAGAUGUGGGAGCGACUUGGUGGCUCAUUGAAGUGGCAUUGGAAGUUAUAG